AUGGGUGCCAGCGUCUCGUGGCUGUCUGGCAUGCUCUGGGCCAAGAAGGAGAUUCGCAUCCUAAUCCUCGGUCUCAUUGGCGAGGUCGUCACGACGAUACCCACGAUAGGAUUCAACGUCGAAUCCGUCACAUACAAGAAUCUAAACUUUAACGUCUGGGACCUCGGCGGCCAAACCUCGAUUCGCCCUUACUGGCGCUGCUACUACGCCAACACGGCCGCCGUCAUCUUCGUCGUCGACUCCACCGACAUUGACCGCCUGCAGACGGCCGCCGACGAGCUCGCCGCCAUGCUCAACGAGGAGGAGCUCAAGGACGCCGCCCUGCUCGUCUUCGCCAACAAGCAGGAUCAGCCCGGCGCCAAGGGCGCCGGCGACAUCUCCGAAGCCCUGCGCCUCGGCGAACUGCGCGACCGCAACUGGAGCAUCAUGGCGUGCUCGGCGGUCGACGGUUCCGGCGUGAAUGAGGGCAUGGACUGGCUGGUGCAAACUGUCUCGCAAGAAUAA